AUGCCGGAGGACCUGGACCCCGGGGAUUCCGGGGUCUGGGUGGGGGACGGCCUGCACUGCGACAUGACGGGGGCCUUUGGGGGCGAAUGGGGGGAGUGGAAGCGCGGGAGGGCAGCGGGGAAAGACAGGCAGGAGGAGCCGCAAGUGGGGGGCCGGCGGGACCUGCCGGUGGGCAAGCAGCAGGGGGUCUGGGAAAGGGCCCGGCAGCCGCCGGUGGGGACGGGGCAGCAGGGGUUGCAGAGCGGAGGGCAGCAGGAGCUGCCGAGCAGAGGGCAACAGCCCAAGCAGAGCGGAGAGCAGCAGUGGAUACAGGCUGCGGGGCAGCAGGAGCUGCAGGCUGGGGGGCAGCAGGAGCUGCAGGCUGGGGGGCAGCAGGAGCUGCAGGCUGGGGGGAAGCAGGAGCUGCAGGCUAGGGGGCAGCAGGAGCUGCAGGCUGGGGGGCAGCAGGAGCCGCAGGCUGGGGGGCAGGAGGAGCUGCAGGCUGGGGGGCAGCAGGAGCCGCAGGUUGGGGGGCAGCAAGCGUUGGUGGCGGAGGUGGAGGUGGAGUCACAUGCCGGGGGGCAGCAGGAGCUGCAGGCUGGGGGGCAGCAGGCGUUGGUGACAGAGAUGGAGGUGGAGUCACAUGCCGGGGGGCAGCAGGAGCUGAAGAGAAGAGGGCAGCAGCAGCUGCAGAACGGAGGGCAGCAGGGGCUGUGCAUCAAAGGGCAGCAGGAGCUGCAGAGUGGAGGGGAGCAGCCAAGGAAAGGGCAGCCGGAGCUGCCGAGGGAAGGGCAGCUGCCGGCGAGGGAGCAGCAAGCGGCAGACGUGGAAAUGGCCGAGCUACCACGAGACGUGGAAAUGCCACGAGAAGAGUGGCAGGAGCUGCCAACAGGAGGGCAGCAGGAGCUGCCGGCGGGAAGGCAGCAGGAGCUGCCGGCAGGAGAGCGGCGGGAGCCGCCGGGGGGGGGGGGGGGGGGGCGGGGGGGGGGGCAGCGGGAGCUGCCGGCGCGAGAGCAGCAGGAGGUCGCUAAUCCGGACGCUGUAAGCCAAGCGAGCAGAACCCGGGCACGGGGCCGAGGCGGGAGUCGACGUUCCUGUAAAUCACAAGGGCGGAUUGGAAGCGGGGCUGCCGCACAGCAGGCGGAGGGGCAGCUGGGGGCGACUGAGGCACCCCAGGGAGCUCAUCAGGUAGGGGGGCAGUCGAGGGCGCCCGGGGCACCCCAUGGAGAGCAGCAGGCAAAGGGGCAGCUGAGGGUGCCCGGAGCACCCCAGGGAGAGCAGCAGGCAGGGGGGCAGCCGAGGGUGCCCGGAGCACCCCAGGGAGAGCGGCAGGCAGGGGGGCAGCUGAGGGUGCCCGGAGCACCCCAGGGAGAGCAGCAAGCAGGAGGGCAGCCGGGGGUGACUGAGACACCCCAGGGAGGGCAACAGGCGUUGGCGGCAGAGAUGGAGGUGGAGCAGGGGGUUGGGGAGCAGCAAGAGCUGCAGGCUGGGGGGCAGCAGGAGCUGCAGGAGCUGGAGGUGGAGAUGGAGGAGCCGCAAGAGCAGUCGCGAUGGGAGCCGCCGGUAUGCAUGCAGGAGGGGAGUCAAACAGGGAAUCAACCCCAGUCGCAGGGAGGGCGGCAAGGGGAGCGCAGCAGGCAGGAGGGCAGCCGAGGGUGCUCGGGGCACCCCAGGGAGUGCAGCAGGCAGGGGGGCAGCCGAGGGUGCCCGGGGCACCCCAGGGAGUGCAGCAGACAGGAGGGCAGCCGGGGGUGCCCGGAGCACCCCAGGAAGUGCAGCAGGCUAAAGGGCAACCGGGGGUGCCCGGAGCACCCCAGGGAGUGCAGCAGGCAGGAGGGCAGGGGCGCCCGGGGCACCCCAGGGGGUGCAGCAGGCAGGAGGGCAGCCGGGGGUGCCCGGAGCACCCCAGGGAGUGCAGCAGGCAGGAGGGCAGCCGAGGGCGCCCGGGGCACCCCAGGGAGUGCAGCAGGCAGGAGGGCAGCCGAGGGUGCCUGGAGCACCCCAGGGGGUGCAGCAGGCAGGAGGGAAGCCAAGGGUGCCCGGGGCACCCCAGGGAGUGCAGCAGGCAGGAGGGCAGUUGAGGGUGCCCGGGGCACCCCAGGGAGUGCAGCAGGCAGGAGGGCAGCUGAGGGUGCCCGGUGCACCCCAGGAAGUGCAGCAGGCAGGUGGGGAGCCGGGGGUGCCCGGAGCACCCCAGGGAGUGCAGCAUGCAGGAGGGCAGCCGGGGGUGCCCGGGGCACCCCAGGGAGUGCAGCAAGCAGGAGGGCAGCCGAGGGUGCCCGGGGCACCCCAGGGAGUGCAGCAAGCAGGAGGGCAGCCGAGGGUACCCGGGGCACCCCAGGGAAUGCAGCAGGCAGCAGGGCAGCCGAAGGUGCCCGGAGCACCCCAGGGAGAGUAGCAGGCAGGGGGGCAGCCGGGGGUGACCGGAGCACCCCAAGGAGAGCAGCAGCUAGUGGGGCAGCCGGGGAUGACCCGACACCCCAAGGCGAGCAGCAGGCAGGGGAGCAGCCGGGGGUGACCGGAGCACCCCAGGGCGAGCAGCAGGCAGAGGAGCAGCCAGGGGUGAUCGGAGCACCCCAGGAAGUGGAGCAGGUAGGAGGGCAGAGGAUGGUGCCCGGGGAACCCCAGGGAGUGCAGCAGGCAGGAGGGCAGCCGAGGGUGCCUCGGGCACCCCAGGGAGUGCAGCAGGCAGGAGGGCAGCCGAGGGUGCCCGGAGCACCCCAGGGAGAGCAGCAGGCAGGGGGGCAGCUUGGGGUGACCGGGGCACCCCAGGGAGCGCAGCAGCCAGGGGGGCAGCCGAGGGUGCCCCGGGCACCCCAAGGAGCGCAGCAAGCAGGGGGGGGAUCGAUGGACGACCAGGAGCAGCAGUUGGAGGAGUGGUGUCGACUUUUGGAGUUUGGUACCCCCAUGGCGACUGCGGAGGAGUCAGAGGCGGACGGAGAACCUCCCAGGCCGCCUUCCCCGUGCCCCCGUUUCCCGUGUGACACGUGUUUCCACACUUCCGCUAUGCGAGGGGCCGUCGCGAACCACAUGAGGGUAUGCCGGGCAGCUGAGGCGGAGAGGCGUGCACAUGCUCUCGGCUCGAUUCCGUCUCUUGUAGAGACCGACACGCAGGAGCGACCGACGCCGCGGGAGUUUGGGGACGAGGCGUGGGCUGGGGUUACGUCUUGGGAAUGGGAAACAUUUUUCAAUGUGGAGGCAGUUGGAGGGAGAACAGUGCGCCGGAUCCCACAGCGGGCCAGGUCGGGAGUCUUAGACGUGCUCUGUUGCAUCUUAAAGCGCUUGAAGAGCCAACCGGGAGAUGAAGCCGCUACCCUCCUACUCUUAGCGUUUCCGCGCCUCAUCCUAGCCGUGCCUCCCAAGCCAUGCAUAGGUCAGAAGGCGCUGAUCACAGAGCGGCUGGGUGCGUUCUGGGAGGGGAGGCGGCAGGAGCUGUUCGACUCUGCCAUGGUGGCGGCGCGACCAGCAGUUCGCCCACUUUCCUACACUUGCUCUAACCAGGACCCGGAUGCCAUCCGCCUGUCACGGUGCCGAUCUCGGUGCAAAGUGGGGGAGUGGAGCCGUGGAUUGGCCUGCCUUACAGCAAGGGAGUUGGCUCGACCGCCUGAGGCCAUGGUGCAGUCGCUGCGAGAGAAGCACCCGGCUAGCACUAGCGAGGUACCACAGUGGGUCCGCGAUUUCACCGUCGAUACUGCUCAGCGGCCUUCACUCACGACCGGCAUCCUGGCGAGAGCUAUCCAUACAGCCGCUCGAGCUUCAGCAGCAGGGCCAUUGGGGUGGGUCACAAAGCAUCUGCGCGACACCUUCCUCACUGAACCUUCCUGCCUUUCCCACCUGUUGGAAGUGUUCAACCAAUGGGUGGCGGGACAGGUCCCCGAGCGGGCUCGGCCUUGGCUCGCCGCAUCCAACCUAGUCGGGCUUUUCAAGCUUAUCGGCGACGUCCGGCCGGUGGCGAUCGGGGAGGUGCUUCCUCGUAUCCUUGCUCGAGCUCUCUGCAUUUCGCUCCGCCCUGCGAUGGUUUCCUACUUCCUGCCGUGCAACCAGUUGGGAGCGGGCACCAGAGUCGGGGCGGAGAUUCUUACCCAUUCUUUCCAUUCAGCGCUGGCCACUCACCCCGACUGGUGUGCGCUACAGAUAGACGUCGCAAACGCCUUCAAUUCGUUUCACCGUCAUGCGAUGUUCGAUGGGCUGCGGGAGUCGCCUUUCUCAGGGAUGAUCCCAUUCUUGCGUGUUAUCUAUGGGACACCUAGCGACCUCUACCUCCGAGCAUGCCCUUUCGUACAGAGCCUCGAGUCGGCACGAGGAUCGAGGCAACGGGACCUGCUCGGCCCUUUUCUUUUCGCGUUCACGCAGCAGCAGGUGAUGGAGCCGGUUACUAGGGAGUUCGGGGACCUGCUUUUCCUCAGCUAUGCAAACGAUACCUAUAUUUUGGGGCCAACGGCUAGGAUUCUGGAGGCUUUUGGGGUGCUGUAG